CUGGAACAACUGGUAAGCUUUUGCAGGAAACGAAAAAAAUGAGUAUAUUACAAGACGCGUUCAAUCGUCUCACUUUGACAAAUAACAAAAAAGAGAUUUAGCAAUGGCAUCCGAAAACCCAACAACCGACAGUACCAAGACGAACACGAACAGCGACAAUGCACAGCAGCAACAACAACAACCACAACAAAAACCUACAACAGGAGGCGGUAGCAGCCUCUCUGAAGCUGAAAAGUUCUUGGAAUCAUUGAAUUUGGGCGAUUCACAAACAGACACACAAGCAGACACCCACAAGCCUGCUUCAUCAGCAGAUCACAAGGACAUCAUGUCAUUUUUGGACGAAAUUUCCCAGUAUCCCAACAACGAGGAGCAAACCGAGAAACAAAAGGAUAAAGCACCCGCUGCUGCUGCUGCACAGAUAGCAUCAGGAACAACGGAGCCAAAACAAUCAGAACAAUCACAGCAAGCCUCUGGCGGUGGCAGCUGGAUGGCAUGGGGAAACAGUUUAUGGAGCCAAGCAAGUGAAGCUGUCAAAAGCACGACAGAGCAGAUCAAUCGAUCCGUUGAAACGCCUGCAGCCAAGUUAUUAGAGGACCGUGUAAAGCACUUGCAAGGUUACGUGAAUAAGGAAAAUCUCGGAAAGCUGGGUAAAGUGUCUCUUUCUAAACGAUUUGGUGAUGUUUUUUGAUUGUAAAUGAUGUUGGAGUUAAAUGGCUUUUUGUUAUUUCAGGUAGCGAGCUUAGAAAUUUGA